AAAUUUUAUUGGUGUUUUGAAUUGUUGACAUGGUCAAGCUGAAAAAGCAGAAGCAGAAGCCGCUCAGCCGCAAGGAACAGCGCAAACUGAAACAAGAGACCAAAAAGAACAACAAUAGAAUCUUCCAUGCGUCCAAAACAAAUGGAGCGCAGCGCGUAGCUGAGGCAGCUGCGGCUGCGUUGGCAGUGACAAGCAAAACCAAAAGGAAGAGGAAACCAAAAAAGAAGCAUGCGAAACCGGAGGAGAUUCCUCGCGAAGAGCUGCUGGCGGGCGAGGUGGAUGAGGAUGACGAUGAAUCCAUUGGCUCAGAUUUUAGUGAUGCGGAAGUGGAUGCCCGUUUGCCGCCAGCACGCAAAGUAGAAACAUUUGAGCCGCUUGGCCAGAAACCGCCCAAGAAACACGCUGGCAUCCAGCGAGUCGACGAAAUGGCAGCACGCAAGCGAGAGCUGCGCCAGCACAAGGAGCUGCUAACUAAGUCGCGCAAGCAGCGCGUUAAGCAAAUGAAACUGGAAAACGUGGAGGAGGACAAGGAGAUUGCCAAGUUGGAGAAGAAGCUAAAGCUGAACAAAUCCAAGGAUAAGAACCGUUUAGUGCGCAAAAUGUUCAACGAUGGUCUGGACUAUCUGCUCGAUUUCGUACUGGAUGAUGACGAGGAGAAACAAAAGUGGGAGGAGAAACAGCAACGGAAAAAGGAGCUCAAGGAGCGCCAGGAAAAGGAAGAGGCAGGCAUGUGGAGCGAGGAGGAAGAUGAACCAAUGGACAUACCAGAGGCAGAUGGCGAAAUGGAAGAAGGCGACGAUGAAGAUCUGACGGAUCAAAGUGACAUGGAGCAGAACGAGGAUGAGGAUGAUAAGGGAUCUGAUAGUGAAAACGAGGAGGAGGCACAACAAACGAAAUUCAAAGAGGACAUUUACGGACGACGUCGCGAUGCCGAUGGCAAUAUUGUGCAGGAUGAGCGAGAGAUGGAGGCGAAGGGCACCGGUCAGAAGUACAUACCACCACAUCAGCGUGCUCUGCUGGCCGCCAGCGAGGGUGCCAGUGUCCAGCAGUCGGAGCAAAUGGCUCGGCUGCAGAAGCAAUGCAAGGGUUUGCUCAAUCGUCUUUCCGAGGCGAAUCUGCACAAGAUUUCCAGUGGCGUUGAGUCGCUCUACAUGAACAAUUCGCGCUACAACAUGAACGACACGCUGACGAAACUGCUGCAGGAGGCGCUUCUGGGUCGGGCACGCGCCAACGAGCGUAUGGUGCAAGAGCACAUGGUGCUGCUGUCCUAUCUGCAUGCGCACAUUGGCAGUGAGAUUGGUGCGCAUUUUCUGCAAACUUUCGUCGAACAAUUUGAUGGCUAUGUCAAGGAGAUUGACUCCCUGGACUUGGAGGAUAAGCGUCUCAAUAAUCUGGUACUGAUCCUCUGCUAUAUGUAUAUGUUUAAGAUCUACGAGCAGCGUCUGCUAUUGGAGCUUAUUGCCCGACUUGCCGGGAGUCUGUGCGAGAAGUCUGUGGAAUGUCUGUUGCUGAUCUUCCAAACAGUCGGCUUUCGUCUGCGUAAAGACGAUCCGCUGGCCUUUAAAAACAUGAUGCAGAAUGUCCAGUUACAGAUUGCUUCAUCGCCGCUGGAGCUUAAGGAGAAUCCCCGCCUGCGUUUCAUGGUGGACAUUCUGAACGCUGUAAAAAACAACAACAUGAGCAAGUUGCCCCAGUAUGAUCCCGAGCUGGCAGAGAAUCUGCGCAAGCGUCUCAAGGGAAUGCUGAAAAAUGAGCGCUAUGUUGUCACACUGAAUAUUACGCUGGAGGAUCUGUUGCGUGCAGAUAAGCUGGGCAAAUGGUGGAUUGUUGGUUCCGCAUGGGCGGGCAAUCUGGCCGAGAUGGGUUCCGCUCAGGCGGAGCAGGAGAAGCAACGCCCUCAACCAGGAGGUGAACGCUACUCAGAAAAGCUGCUCGAACUGGCCAAGAAGCAGCAUAUGAACACCGCAGAGAGGCGCAAUAUCUUCUGCAUCAUCAUGAGCGCCGCCGACUAUGUGGAUGCUUUUGAAAAGAUUCUGCAUCUGUCACUGAAGGAUCAGCGCACGGUUGCCUAUGUGAUCAUACAUUGUGCCCUUAACGAGCGUCGUGCGAAUCCUUACUAUGCGCAUCUAGCAUUGAAAUUCUGUCAGUACAAUCGCAAAUUCCAGCUCGCAUUUCAAUUCGCCAGCUGGGAUCGGAUCAAUGACAUUGAAACGCUGUCCAAGGCACGGAUACGCAAUCUGGCCAGCUUUCUCCAGCAGCUCAUCCUAUCCGCCGGUCUACAGUUGUCCGUCCUAAAAGUUGUUGACUUUAUGCAGCUCCACAAGCUCAGUUUCUAUUUCAUGCGCGAGAUUAUGCUGCGUCUGCUGCUCAGCAGCGAGGAGAAUCAAAUCUAUUCGGCGUUCGAGCGCAUUGCGAAGAACUCGAAGCUGCAGCAGUUCAAGCAGAGCAUCCGUUUGUUUAUGCAGCACUUUAUGCUGGCCAAGCUGGAGGAGCACGCUGAGGAGCAACAGCAGCUGCUGAGGCAGCGCAUCGAGCAUCUGGAUAAACUAUUGGCCUAUGUAGAUUUGUAAAUAAAACUCGUUUACUUUGUUCAUUAAAUCCUAAA